GCGCCGCCGCCUCCUCUUCCUCCUUCGGGGCCGGGCUGGGGCCCGUCCGUGGGGCGGCGGCGCGGGCAUGGCGGAGGGUGCCGCUCUGCGGGCCGUCAGGGGCUGCCUGGCCGCCUUCCCGCGGGAGGCCCGCGAGCUGGGGUGGAUGGAGGAUGUACCCUAUCUUGAUAGGCCUCUGUCCCCACUGGAGUUUUAUCGAGAAUGGGUGAGUCCGAAUAAACCUUGUAUAAUUCAGAAUGCCAUCAGCCACUGGCCAGCUCUGAAGAAGUGGACCUCAGCGUACCUCAGGGAGGUAAUAGGCCCCAAGGUAGUGAGCGUGGCAGUAACACCAAAUGGUUAUGCAGAUGCAGUGUUUCAGGACCGUUUUGUCAUGCCAGAGGAGCGCCAAAUGCCUUUCAUGGACUUUUUGGACAUUGUGGAGAAGAAAGUGACCUCUCCCAACGUAUUCUAUGUGCAGAAGCAGUGUUCAAACCUCACUGAGGAGUUCCCUGAACUUGUCUGUGAUGUGCAGCCUGACAUACCAUGGAUGAGCGAGGCACUUGGGAAGAAGCCUGAUGCUGUGAAUUUCUGGCUUGGGGAAUCGACUGCUGUGACAUCUUUACAUAAAGAUCAUUAUGAGAACUUGUACUGUGUGAUAUCUGGAGAGAAACAUUUUCUACUGCAUCCACCGAGUGACCGUCCCUUCAUCCCAUAUGAGCUCUAUCAGCCAGCAACAUACCAAGUAUCAGAAGACGGCUCAUUUGAAAUUGUGGAUGAGAAGAAUGCAGAUAAGGUGCCCUGGAUCCCCCUGGACCCAUUGAACCCGAAUCUGGAACAGUAUCCAGAGUAUGCUCAGGCAAAACCUUUGCAGUGUACAGUGAAAGCUGGUGAGAUGUUAUACCUUCCUUCUCUCUGGUUCCAUCACGUUCAGCAAUCUCAUGGCUGUAUAGCAGUGAAUUAUUGGUAUGACAUGGAAUAUGACCUUAAGUACAGCUAUUAUCAGCUACUAGAUCGUCUCACAAAAACCCUGAAAGUGUUAUAGCAGAGGUGGGAGACUUGAGCUUGUGAUCUCUCUCUCUGAUGUGAUACAAUCAUCAGCAUCUGUGGCUGGAGGACAAACAUGAUUCAAGUGAAAAGAACUGAUAACGUCUGAGUCAACAACAUCUGACUCAACAAUGUCUGUCAAACAGAUCAUGGCUAUUUUGCUUGAUUACAGAGUCUAGAUCAAUUGGCCAGAUUUUUUGGCUUGUAAGUAGAAGGUUUGAUAAUAGCAUUUUUAGGUCUUUGCAUGUUGCCUCAGUGACGGUGAGCAAAAUAAAAUUUAAAGGGAGGCAAUCCAGGUUUUGGAAAUCCCAAAGCAGAAGCCAUGACGGUUCAGAUCUACAGAUUGUUUUCAUAACAACCCAAUCAGACAGGGAAGAAUCUGUUCUGCCACCCACCUGUGUGUCAGGCUGCAUCAGUCCAACAUGUGCAUUCUGCUUAAGGCAAAAGUCCUGUCCAGUUGUAAUUCACUAAGUUCAAUGGCUGUGGUGUUUUGAUGGUGAGAAAUUACAACUUCUGCAAUAAAAGGUCAGUUUAAAAGAUAA